AUGCAAAUCUUCGUCAAGACUUUAACAGGUAAGACCAUCACUCUCGAGGUUGAGUCCUCCGACACCAUCGACAAUGUUAAAUCCAAGAUCCAGGAUAAGGAAGGUAUUCCUCCAGACCAGCAAAGAUUGAUUUUUGCUGGUAAGCAACUUGAGGAUGGCAGAACCUUGUCUGACUACAACAUCCAGAAGGAAUCGACUCUUCACUUGGUUCUCAGAUUGAGAGGUGGUAUGCAGAUUUUCGUCAAGACCUUGACUGGUAAGACUAUCACUUUGGAGGUCGAGUCUUCCGACACCAUUGAUAACGUCAAGUCUAAGAUUCAAGACAAGGAAGGUAUCCCACCAGACCAGCAGAGAUUGAUUUUCGCCGGUAAGCAGUUGGAAGACGGUAGAACCUUGUCUGACUACAACAUCCAGAAGGAAUCGACUCUUCACUUGGUUCUCAGAUUGAGAGGUGGUAUGCAGAUUUUCGUCAAGACCUUGACUGGUAAGACUAUCACUUUGGAGGUCGAGUCUUCCGACACCAUUGAUAACGUCAAGUCUAAGAUUCAAGACAAGGAAGGUAUCCCACCAGACCAGCAGAGAUUGAUUUUCGCCGGUAAGCAGUUGGAAGACGGUAGAACUUUGUCUGACUACAACAUUCAGAAGGAGUCCACCCUUCACUUGGUGCUUAGAUUGAGAGGUGGUAUGCAAAUCUUUGUUAAGACCUUGACCGGUAAGACCAUUACCCUUGAGGUCGAAUCUUCCGACACUAUUGACAAUGUCAAGUCCAAGAUUCAGGACAAGGAGGGUAUCCCACCAGACCAGCAGAGAUUGAUUUUCGCCGGUAAGCAACUUGAGGACGGCAGAACCUUGUCUGACUACAACAUUCAAAAAGAAUCGACUCUUCACUUGGUUCUCAGAUUGAGAGGUGGUAUGCAAAUCUUUGUCAAGACUUUGACUGGUAAGACCAUUACCCUUGAGGUUGAGUCAUCUGACACUAUCGACAACGUUAAGUCUAAAAUCCAAGACAAAGAAGGUAUUCCACCAGACCAGCAGAGAUUGAUCUUUGCCGGUAAGCAGUUGGAGGAUGGCAGAACUCUUUCCGAUUAUAACAUCCAGAAGGAGUCCACUCUUCACUUGGUUCUUAGAUUGAGAGGUGGUAUGCAAAUUUUCGUCAAAACCUUGACUGGUAAGACCAUCACUCUUGAAGUUGAAUCUUCUGACACCAUUGACAACGUUAAGUCCAAGAUCCAGGACAAGGAGGGCAUUCCCCCAGACCAGCAGAGAUUGAUUUUUGCUGGUAAGCAGUUGGAAGAUGGUAGAACUCUCUCUGACUACAACAUCCAAAAGGAGUCGACUCUCCACUUGGUGUUGAGAUUGAGAGGCGGUCAGUGA